GUUGUCAAAGUGCAAAGCGAGCGGCGGCAAAGUUUCCAGUCAGACAUGGGGCAGCGGGCGGGCUGAAAAACUCGAUCGUAUCUGAGGUUUGCGUGGUUGCAGCGCAUCCAAAGGCGCUAAUAUAGCUUGCAAUGCGCUUGCAAAGGUGCCAAUCAAAUCGAUCGUGCGUUACUGAUUGGGCUGGCGCUGGGCACCAUCCGGGCUCUGCCUGCCUGCUGCUGCUGCUGUCGCUCGCUGCAGUGCUCCACCACGUUCUAUUUGUGACAUGGUUUCAUAUACAUUAUGUUAUGUGCAAUCACAACCCCUCUAUGCUUCAAAGGCCAUGCACAGGCAGGCAUAGUGAGGACGGCGCGCCCUGGACCGCAGCAGCUUAUCUCUGCGCAUUAAAAGCCGAAGUGCAUUACAAACACGUAACCAUGUCCCCAUCUUUCAUGUAGCGCUUGACCAUACUUGUGCCAUCCAGCAGCGGCCCUCGCUUGCAGUUCGAUCGGGCGACGGUGUCUCCGUUGCUGCGUCCUCGCGCAGCUAAGAUACCGGCGCCUUCAAAUUAAAACACAAUGUAGGCGCUCAUACCCACCGGAGUGUGAACGCACAGCCAGCAAUACAAAUCGCGCCAGCAGCUCCUGCUGCCUGCCUCAACCAUAUCACACCAUCAUGACUGCGUUAUAAUUGUAGCAGAUAUUUUUGGACGUUUGGCUGCUUCUGUGAUCCAAGCCAAAGCGAAUGCUCGUCGAUUCUGCGCUGAUGAUUGGUCGUGCUGCUGGAGCCGGCUGCAGCCCUGUACUUGCAGCAGCUCCAAGACAGCAUACUAUCUCACUGAAGUGCCUGGGGGAUGAGGCCCGUCCCGCAAAGCGGCCAAGGCGUACUCUGCUGGGCACCACGGUCGGCCCCCCGCCGCCGCUAUACGUCCACAUCGCGGUGGCGGAAGCGCAACCGUGUGCCAAUGCACAAUGCGGUGGCAGUGCCGCAUCUGUUAAGGCGAAUUCACAGCAGCAGCCAUCAGUAGGCAGGAAGUCCAAGCACCAACGGCGGCGGCUCAGCAGCAACAGCAGCAGCAGUAGCAUCAGCAGGUUUGCGCCCCAGCAGCAGCGGCCUUCCCACACGUUCCGUGUGACCAGCAUGGGCCUGCAGCUGCAGCUGGCACAGCUGCCUGUUGCACAGCUGGCACCGCAGGAGCAGCGCCAGAGCCAGCAACAUGCAAGAGAUGAGGAGCGUCGCCCUGUUUCCAGCACUGCAGUAGGCGGCAGCGACGAUCGUCGCGACCUGGCUGCGGCGGCAAGAGUAGUGGAGAACACCGCCGCCGUGUCCAAAGGAGCAGCCGCCGCAGCUGCAGCAGUAGCAGGAGCAUGCCGCACUGAUGAGCGGCGGCGUACGGCGGGGUCGUCUGCUGCCCAUCAGCAACAGCAGCAGCAGCAGAUGCGGCCGCAGGAGGAGGUGGAAGAGGAGGAGGUGGAGGAGGAGGAGGAGGAGGAGGAGGAGGAGGAGGAGGUGGUGGUUACUGUCUAUGACAGCAGCUGCUGCAGCAGUGACGGUGAACAGCAGCGCAUGCGGCACCCACCACCACCACCACCACCAUCACCACCAUCACCACCAUCAGCAGCAGCGAGACGAGCGGCAGCUGCUGCAACAGCUUGGGUUCCGACACCAUCCAGCGGUGCAGGCGGCGGCGACGGCGGCGGCGGCGAUGGUGGUAGCGGUGGCGGUGGCGUGGGAUCAGCAGCAGCAGCAGCAGCAGCAGCAGCAGCAGCAGCAGCAGCAGCAGCAGCAGCAGCAACUGCUGCAGGACACGGCGGCUGCGGCGCUGAUAACACCCCCUGCUCGAGUUGGCGGCAGCCGUUGUUGCUGCGGCCACAGCAGCAGCCAGCAGCGGUUUCCAUGCCACAAAACCUGAUAAGCAGCCGCCGUAGCAGCCCGCAGGCAACCAUCGCUGCUACUGGUAGUGAUGACACACUAGUGCUGGGCAUCGAUGCCACAUGUGCAAGCGCCGCCGAACGCCAGGAAUCCAUGCCAUUUGAGGUGGCGGCGCAGGAGCAGCACAAGCAGCGGCGCCAGCCGUCAGCAGUAGAAGCGGUGGAGCAACAGAGCAUCGCCGCCGCUGUCAGCAGCAGCAGCAUAGGCAACGGCGGCGGCGGCAGCGACGCGUGGCGGCCGCACCAGCAGCGCUUCAAGGGCUGGCCAGAACUCCUGAAGCUGCCACGAAUUUCACUGAAGCAGCUGCAAAGACUGUUGCAGGCGGAGCAGCAGCACCAGGACCAGCAUGCCGCCUCUGUUUCCAGGGCCGCUUCUGUUAGCGGAGGCGGGGGCAGCGGCGGAGGACGUAGAGGACGCAAAGGCGUACGUGGCGGCGGCUUCCCCACCGCCGCCGGCGGUCGGCGCAUGAGGUGGCUGCUGCCGCCGCCAACGCCUUCGAGUCAAACAUCUCCGCCAUCCUCGCCGCUACCCAGUGCACCUGCUGCCGCUGCUGCUGCCGCAGCAGCAGCUUCGGAACGGCUGCCAGUAGACCAGCAGCAGCAGCACCAGCAGCAACUCGGCAGUAGCUGCUGGAUACUGCCGGCGGCGGCAGCGGACGCGCUGCUGGCCGCGGCCGGCGGCGUCGGCGACUGCAGCGGCGGCAGCGAUGAGGCGCGAACAGCCGCAGCGGUGGCGGGGCGGACGGAUGCUUUUGACCCGACGCCUUUUGACAUGUCGGAACCGAAGUUGGCGUUGUUGCGGCGGAUGCCUUCGGGCAGCAGUAGCCCUGCCGCCUCCAUGUGCUGCGCUGCUGGCGGCCGUGGCGGCGGCGAUGGAUGGAAUGCCGCCGCCACUGCUGUCCUUACUAAGACCGAGGCCUGGGUUAGUGGCGGCAACGCUGGCGACGGCGGGGGUGCCUCGGCUGCUGUGGCAGCUGCGUCUGCCUCUGCGGCGCCGCCGCCGCCGCCACCGCGGCCGUCGGAGAUACCGGAGAGCAGCGGCCAGCAGCUUCUGCAGCAGCUGCUGUAUCGGCAGCAACUGCUACAGCUGCAAUUGAAGCAGCGGCGGCUGCAGCUGCAGCAGCUGCAGCAAAUGAUGGAGGAGGAGGACGGGGACGAGGAGGAGGGCGCGCAGCGACACACGCCGACUGGGGCGCGCCCUUUCCGGCACACAUGUGGAGUUGGCCCCGUGCUGCUGCAGGCGCCGGAGGAAGCAGCCGCAGCAGGUCAGGAGCAGCAGCCGCUGCUGCUGCCUCGCGAUUAUGGCGGCGGCAGCAAAGGGCUCACGUCACUUGGAGGCGGGGCGGCGCCGGCAGCAGGCGGCGGCGGCAGGAGCGGCGACGGUGGCGUGGGUCUGGAGCUCUUAUUGCAUGAGCAUCUGUUCCGGGCUGCUGCAGCGUCUGCGGCGGCACCGGCGGCGGCGCCGGCGGCGCUGGUCAGCGAUAGCAGCGGUCUGCCGCCGCUGCAGCUGCUGCUGCGGCAGCACCAUGGCCGUGCAUUAGAGCAUCAGGAGCCCGCCGCAACCGCAGCAAUCACGGCUGUGGAUCACGCCGCGGCCGCUGCUGCUGUGCGUACGUCUGCGCCGGCGGGGCGGGACCUGCUGCCGCUGCUGUGGGGGCGGCAGCAGGAGGGCAGCAACAGGGGCCCUCCACAAGAGGAGUGGCGGCGGGAGCCGUUGCCACACGCGUCCACAGCUGCAGCAACAGGGGGAGCUGCAGCAGCAGCGGCAGCAGGGGCAUCAGCGGCGGCGGCAGAUGCACUGCUGGUAGAGGAGUUGCGUGAGCUAAUGCGGAAAAUGCGCGAGCAGCCGCCGCCGCUGCGGGCCGCGGAGGAGCUACCUGCCGCUAUGGGAGACGGAAUUGCGGGCGGCGUUAGCGUGCAUGCUGAUGGUGGCGGUGGUGGCGGGCGAGGUAGCGCCAGCGGCAGCGGCGGCGGCCCGCACAUGCACCGCAUUCACCACCAGCAGCAGCAGCACCAGCAGCAGCGCAGUGUCUGCUGUGGUGAGCUUGCCGCAGCCGUCCGCGACGGCGCUGCUGGCACACCCAAACUGCUGUUGCGGCCCCUCGCCGCCGCCGCCGCCACCACCGCCACAGUCUCGUUUUCGCCGGCCGCCGCCGCGACUCUCCUGGCGGCGCCGGCGGCUCAACCUCGGAUCCUGCUGAGAGCGGCGCAGCCGCCAGGUACGGCCGAGCAGCAGCAAGCUACUGCUGCUGCUAACGCUGCUGCUAACGCUGCUGCUACAGCAGCCGCACCACUGAAAGGGCCCGACACGCCGCCGCUGCUAUCAGCAGCAUCCCGCUGUGCUGCAGGCGCCUACUGCACUGAGCCCAUGAUGAGCUCGGCGGCUUACGCCGGCCCCUGCCGCCGCCUUGAGGCCACGUGGCCCCUGCAGCCGCUGCCGCCGCCGACCAUGCCCGCCACCGAUGCCGCCGCUGUCGGCACUCCUACUGCCCCCAGCAGCGGUGCCGCCGCCAAGUUGGGGCUCACAGUCAUUGGGAAUAAGUGCGUGGUGCCGAUAGGGUGCCGCGGCGGCCUAGGCGGCAAUGGCAACGGCGGCGGGGACGGAGUCGGCAGCAGCGACGGCGGCAGCGGCAGCAGCAGCAGGUUCGCAGCCGGCGCGCCGCGGCAGCAGGUGGUCAUCCCACUAGGCAACGCGGGUAGGAUGCUGCGGCAGCAGGGCGGCGGCGGCGGCGGUGGCGGCGGUGCAGCCACACCCGCCGCCGCGGCAACAAGUACCGCGCCACUGCUCGGCGGUGCGGCAGCGGCUGCUAGAGCUGCUGCUGCGCCAUGUGAUGUGCCGGCACUGGCGGCGGCUGUGAUGGGCCCUGGGCGUGGCGGGGUUGUGGGAGGGGGGCGCGGCAACGGCGGCGGAGACGACGACGGCGGGGCGCCGGUGCUGGUGCAGCUGCUGCACGGCCGGCGGGAACAGCACCAGCACCAGCAGCAGCACCAGCACCAGCAGCAGCACCAGCAGCAGCAGGCGGAGGUGUCCUCAGUUCUGGAGCAGCAGCUGCGCUGGUUGCAGUGGCAGCAGUCGCUGUUGUGAACAGGGGCGGGGGGGGGGCAACGGUGGUCGCCGUCAUGUAUAUUAGCAGGCAGGGCAGCAGCGGGGCAGGAGCAGCGAGGGGCUGGACUAGCAGUAGCUUGUCAGGAGCGUGUGCAUCGCCACGCACGUGUCGUGUGGAAGGACGUGUACCAUACAUAAACUAGGUAGUGCAGCAGUAACUGGCUAGACUGCGGGUGCGAGGCAACGAGUGGCCGGUGCUUAUUGUUGGAGGGACCGAAGUACGUAGCAAGAUGUGUACGGCGGUACGACCCAAACAAGGGCCAUCGGGGACCGAAUAGCAGAAGGGCCGGGUCUGGUGCAAGCACCAGCAGCAGCAGGAUGUGUUGAUCCGAUGUGGUUAUAAAUAUUCCAGCACGCAGGGUCAUAGGUCCUGCUUUUGGAUGUGAUGAUAGUCAUGUACAUAAAGGUGUAGGAAGGAAUAUGCCCCGUGGCAUAAUUUUUAUAUAUUUGUGUAGCCAGCAACAGGGGCGGGGUGAAGGCGAUCUCCUGCUUCCAGAGGCAAGACGCAUGGGGCGGGGUAGGUGUAGGCGAUCUCCUGCUUGAGUGUGUACACCACGGUAUGGGUUGUGCAACCCGUCAGGCGUGCAUGCAAGGUGCCUGAGAUUGAGAGGCGGGCCAGAGGGGACUGACUCACUGACAUACAUCAUGGGGGCACACGCCGCAGCCACGCCGCGGCACGCCGCAGCCACGCCGCGGCACGUGUGGCGUGCUGAAUGCUGCUGUUUCUGUGUUGCAACCAGGGGCGUGCAUGGGGCGAUGGGCUUCGAGUGCGGGUUAGGUUCUGAUAGUGCUGUCAUUGGGAACGAGAGAUGUGAGGACCAGAGCGUUGGCGGGUGGAUGGCAGUGGGUCGGGCGGCCGCGCCCUUGCUACCUCGCGGGAGUGUGCCGUGCUGUAGGGGUUUGACAUUGCAGUCGCGCUGAUGCCUGCUGAUGGUUGGGAUGCGCGUUCCACUGCAUGUGUAACGGCUCUUACGGCUGCAUUGAAGCAAGGCGGCAAGCGCGUAGUGCGUGGUGUUGCGCGUUCGCAAGUUUGCUCCAACACAGACUCACG